AUGGCGGAAGCUGUCCUUGGGAGCAUUGCUGGAGAGAUCGUUGCUAAUCUGGUUCCUAGAGCACUAGAAGACGUUCGAAAUUUAUGGGACGUCAAGCAUGAACCGGAGGUGCUCAGGGACACUCUCUUGCUUUGCAAACUUGGGGAGCUAAAUGGGCUUGAUAACAUUCGGGGAAGCCUUAGCAUUGAAAAUUUGGGCCACGUAAUAGAAGUAGCUGAAUUCAAGGCUGCAAACUUGAUAGGGAAGCAUUCUCUGGAAUCUUUGGAACUUCAAUGGGGUUGUCUCGAUACUGAUGAUGCAGUAAUUGGGGACAAAGAUGAAGCUCUAGUGGAUGGACUGAGGCCCCCCUCAAAUCUGCAAAGCUUGACGAUCGAUGGAUAUAAAGAUCAUUCAUCCACUUUAACAACACCAUUUUCUAGUCUAUUGAGAUUAUGGAUCGGUUAUUGUGAAAACUUGAAACUCAUGCCACUAGCUACACAUCUUGAGGAGUUAACUCUGAGUAAGGUCAACCCAAAGUUGAUAAAUCAGAUAUUUGGCCUUAAUAAGUUGAAGAGUCUAUAUAUCUUGGAGAUGGAGUUUCUAGAGUGUUUGCGAGAGGAGUGUUUGCAAAGUCUUACUUCACUUGAAUUUCUUGGCAACUAUCAUUGUCCUCGGUUAGCUUGCCUCUCACUUAGUAUGCAAUAUCUGUCGAACCUUGCGCAUCUCUCUUUUCAGUACCGUGAGAAGCUCGAUUUAUCCAAAGACAAAAGUGACAACAUCUUGGAUUUACAAGGACUCGAGAGUCUCCUGUCAAUGGACAUCCUUGAUGUUCCCAAACUAGCAUCUCUCCCACAGUGGCUUCUACAGGUCAGGAAUCUCGAGUGGCUUUCUAUUAAAAAGUGUUUAAAUUUGAAGGCUUUACCGGAGCAAAUUGAGACCCUUCAAUCACUCCAACCGCUUGAAAUCAUCCGGUGCCCCUCGUUGACAUCAUUACCAAAAGCAAUGCGAAGGCUUACAAUGCUUAUUCACCUAAAGAUCGCAGGUUGCCCAGAUUUGGAGGAGAGGUGCAAGAAAGAAGCAGUCGAGGACUGGUACAAGAUUGCUCAUAUUCCGCACAUAACUCACAAGCUCGAAUAUUACUAUGAACACUACUUAUGA